UUCUCUAAAAUGAGUAGUUCAAAUUCUAGUAUUGAAAAGAAUCCUUCAAAAUUGUAUAAGCACGACUGCCUCGAUUGUGAAAAUUAUAAAAGAAAAGUGAAAGAGGCCGAGCAAACAGUUUCCGGUAGAGAUGUUCUUAUUGAAAUGCUGCAGGGAGAAAUUAAAAAAUUAGAAGAACGGUACAAAACGUCUAUUGAUGACUACGAAUUAUUAAGGUUCAAGUAUUGCACAGUCGUUCAGGAACUAAGCAACUUAAAAGAAAUACAGAAAAAGAUAGAGAAAUCAAAUCUGAGAUUGUGUAAAGAACGGGAUGUUGCCAGAAAGGAACUGGAAACUUUGCAGAAUGAAGUGUUGGAGACUUGUAAAAAUCAGUUAAAUGUAAAGAAGUAA